AGUAAACUGCAUGCUUCGAGGUCGAGCUACAAAUUUCGUUUUCUAGUCAUCAUCAUUCCAAUUUGUUCGCAGCUUGUCUGUUUUCAGGUAUUUCUAAAGGCGAUUUUUCAAGCAAACUUUUGUUCUUUUAUAAAAGAUGUCGGAAGUCACCGCGAAAAUUCCGAAACCAGUCCUCCGCGGAUUGCACAAUGCCUCAAUCAAGCGUAACCUUAUCGUGGCUGGAGUGCUGUGCGUGAUUUCUGUGGUUGUUACUAAAUACGUAUAUGUUGAACCAAAGAAACAGGCAUACGCCGAUUUCUAUAAGACCUACGACGCCAACAAGCACUUCGAACGUAUGAAGAACGCCGGACUGUUGCAAUCUGUUAAGGAUUAAGAAGGAAGUAUGGCAAUAGUUCAGUCGUUUAUUGUGCGUUUAUUUAAAUGAAAUAAAAAAAUAACUAAUCGGAACAAUUUGCUUUAA